AUGAUUCAUGGUCCUUGUGGUGAUCUGGAUAGAACUUGUCCUUGUAUAAAAGAUGGUCGUUGUAAAUAUCACUAUCCUAAGACCUUUUGUGCCCAAACGACUCAUGCUGAAGAUAGUUAUCCGCAAUAUAGAAGAAGAGAUGAUGGUACAAAAAUAAAGGUCCGAAGGCAUACUCUUGAUAACAGAUGGGUUGUCUGUUAUAGUCCCUAUCUGUUAGCUACAUUUGACUGUCACAUUAAUGUAGAAAUUUGCUCGACUGUUAAAUUGGUGAAGUACAUAUAUAAGUAUGUUUUCAAAGGACAUGAUUCAGUCAGUUUUAGGAUUGUUUCGUACCAUGCUCCUGAUGACACUGAUGAGAUAAGAGAAUUUCAGCAAGGUAGAUGGAUUUCGCCCCCUGAGGCAUUUUGGCGUAUCUUUGAAUUUCGCUUGAGCGAAAUAAGUCCAGUAGUCUAUACUCUUCAGAUCCAUCUCCUGGACCAGCAGUUUGUUUCGUUUGACAAAAAUUCAGACCUGUUGCAAUUAUUGAGCAAAGUUGAUUUUUCAAAGACCAUGUUAACUGAAUUUUUUGAUAUGAACAAAACAAAUGUGGUUGCACAUAACCUUAAAUGUCUUUACAGGGAAUUCCCUCAAUACUUCGUUUGGUCUCCUAAAUAUAAGAAAUGGACUGAAAGGAAGUGUCGAAAAGUGAUAGGUAGAAUGGUCACUCUUAGUCCAGCGGAUGGAGAAAGAUACUACGUUAGACUACUUCUGAAUCAUGUUCAUGGCCCGACUUCCUUUGAUCAUAUUUUGACGGUUGCUAAUCAAAAACUGAAUUCUUUUAGAGAAGCUGCUUUAGCAUUAGGACUCUUGCAAUCCGAUACUUACAUAGAGGAUACGUUUCAAGAAGCUAUGACCUUUCAGAUGCCGUCUUCCUUAAGAUUACUAUUUGCUACUUUGCUUGUCCAUUGUUCUCCUGUAAAUCCUCGGCUGCUCUAG